AUGCGCAAUUGGGGUUUAACCGUCGGGCUUCUGGCGCUGGUCUUCGCUUGCUCGGUCGAAAGUUACCAACAAGACUGGUUGGCUGGAGCCCCGGUCGUUUUGAGGAGUAAACGACAACAGUGCAGAUGCGUACGCCUUGAUUAUGCCAAUAACGUGCAGUGCAGCUGCCCGCAAGCUACGGCAACAGCAGCACCAGAUGCGACCAGCCAAAAAGAUGAGCUCGCCACCGAGCUGUCGCAAUCAUACCCAGCAGCAAAGUGUGCCUGCAUACAAAUCGUCUUUGCCGGCACGCCACAAUAUCAAUGCCAUUGUGGGGAGAGCGGUACUGUCACGGUUCCGACCGAAACCCCCGGAAAUGGUCAAUGUCACUGCAUCAUGAUUACCAUCACUGGUCCGGCCUCCGCACAAUAUCAGUGCAGCUGCUUGUCAACCCCAGCAACCCCUGCUGCUGAACCGCCGAUGACUACACAAGCUGCAAUCACUUACCCGCCGCAGACGGCCAUCCCGGAUACCUUACCACCGGCCACGCAACCCAGCACGGCGCUCCCUACUGUUAUUCCAACAUUCAGCACAGAGACCUUGCCGCCUCUAACCUCGACCAUACAGACCACGCAGCCAACUACUACUGCUGCCCCGACCCCUGCCCAAGAUGUAAUCACUACGGCGCCCACAUAUCCUCUCACGACAACAUGUGUUAUGUAUCUGACUGGCGUUCAGUCAUCCCCGUGCACAUGUAUGCCAGAAUACGACCCAUGUGCACCGAAUAUCUGCUGUCUCAAGGCCAAAUUCAGGUCGCUGAAGCACAGCAAAUUGGCCGCCUCGCUGCCAAUCCAUCCCCAACAGCCUUCGCAAGAAGACCAGUCAUCCACCAUCGACGUGUUGAUGAACGUGCUGCAAAAGAUCAAAACCAAAUGGCAGAGCAGC